AUGCUGCUUGCCUUGCCCAGCAGUCUUACUUGCCUGGGGGCAACCAACUGGCUGUCUGGCCGGGAGUCAGGUAUCUGCGAGGCCUGUGCUGGCAGCAGUGUCGGCCAUGUUUACCAGAUGCACCCUUCCCUCAGUGGCACUGUUACAAGUGCCCAUGCCUCAAAGUCGGACAUUGUCAAGUCGGGAAGCCCCAAAUCCACACUAAAGCAUAUAUGGACAGAAAGCAGUAAGGAUAUGUCCAUCAGUAGGCUGCUGUCACAGACUCUACAUGGAAAAGAGAACAGCACAGCCUUGGACCUUCGCUAUGACACUCCAGAGCCCUACUCUGAGCAGGACCUGUGGGACUGGCUGAGGAACACCACAGACUUGCAGGACUCGCGGCCGCGGGCUAAAAGGCGGCCAAUGGUUAAAACGGGGAAGUUCAAGAAGAUGUUCGGCUGGGGGGACUUCCACUCUAACAUCAAGACAGUCAAACUCAACCUGCUGAUCACCGGUAAGAUCGUGGAUCACGGCAACGGCACCUUCAGUGUCUAUUUCCGCCACAACUCCACAGGCCAGGGCAACGUGUCCGUCAGCUUGGUCCCUCCAACCAAGAUAGUGGAGUUCGACGUGGCGGCGCAGCAGUCCGUUAUCGACGCCAAGGACUCAAAGUCCUUCAACUGCCGCAUAGAGUACGAGAAGGUGGAGAAGGGUGCCAAGAACACACUUUGCAACUUCGACCCGUCCAAGACCUGCUACCAGGAGCAGACCCAGAGCCACGUCUCCUGGCUCUGCUCCAAACCGUUCAAAGUCAUCUGCAUCUUCAUUUCCUUCUACAGCACCGACUACAAACUGGUCCAGAAAGUGUGUCCUGACUAUAACUACCACAGUGACACUCCCUACUUCCCUUCCGGCUGAUGUUUCCAUACACUCACAUACAGAAAAGUGUGAGUGGAGCACAAACUGGGGCUUCUACCCAUCCCAGAGAAAUCUGUAUGUAAGCCCUACUGUCCCUAAACAUGUUCCUACCAGAGAGUCAGCCAUCCCAAAUGAUUUCCCAAUUUAAUGUUCUGAAUGUUGCAGAGAGCAUUUGCUUUUAACAGUUACCAGGUGGUAUAUAGGACUGUAAUGUGUUUAAA